UACAUGGCGCCCCUCACAGACCAGGCACUCUGCGGCUGAAUCGUCCAGCUUCUGGGCAGCUUUUGUUCAGUGGACGUUGUACCAGGCAUCAAGCAGGCGUCAACCACGCUUUACACGGACACUAAACGAAACAAACGCAUAAAUAAAUGUAAAGCUAACCUUGUUUGGURAGGUCGGUGAAAAAAAAAAAAUCCAGAAGAAUUCCAGAAAAACACCAGCAGCCAUCCCUCUCACUUCUACUGCCGUCUUCCCAUCCGUCAUCUCCUCUUCCUCCGACUUCUCCAGUUCCCAACAUGGCAACUGUUUGUGUUCUCCGACCGUGUCGCUAAGCCGCCGCCGCCGCUCUGGACCGCCACCAUGGAGAAAAAACGCAGAAAGAAAUUAAUCUAGCUGCCCAGGCUGUUUGCAAAAUGGACUCAUUUUUGGAGCUGUGGACUUGAAAAUGCUCUGUCUCGGCCUCUGAUGUGAUAACACAGUUUGUGCUACUUUCUUUACGAGCCAAAAUGGUUCUUUUCUUGUUGCUGGCAUCCACACUUUUGGGAAUGCUGGCAGGCCUUUUGCCUGUGGUGGGGAUGCAGUCAGAACGGGAGGCAAACCCCAGAUCUGACUAUCAGCCCCCCAACUUGCAGCCCCUGCCCUCGCCAGCCAGUUCAAACUGCUCCCAGUUGACCCUGAAACUGGAGUUUUCUUCUGAGGUGGUAGAACACGAGUACAUCGUAGCGUUCACAGGGUACUUCUCAGAAAAGGCCCGCAGCCUGUACAUCAGCAGUGCCUUGCGGGGAGCUGGAGACAAAAACCUCGAGUGGCACAUCGUUCCCAGAGAGAACCCGGCUUCAGACUUCCCUAGCGACUUCGAGCUGGUCCACAUCAAGCAAGCUUCGUCCAGCAGCCUGCUGACCUUAGAGGAUCACCCUUACAUCAAGAGGGUGACGCCGCAACGCAAAGUUUUCCGAACCCUCAAGUACAUUCCUUCACCUGAACCUGCUGCACCCUUUCAGAUCGUUAUCGACUGCUCAUCCUGUUUUUCAGGCCUGGGCCAUGGGACGUUUGUAGCAGGAGUUAUAGCCAGUAUGAGGGAGUGUCAGGGCUUCGCCCCYGACUCUGAGCUCCACAUCUUCAGAGUAUUCACAAACAACCAGGUUUCCUACACCUCAUGGUUUCUGGAUGCUUUCAACUAYGCCAUCCUGAAGAAAAUUGAUGUUUUAAACCUCAGCAUUGGUGGACCUGACUUCAUGGACCAUCCUUUUGUUGAUAAGGUGUGGGAGCUGACUGCCAACAAAGUGAUCAUGGUUUCUGCUAUCGGUAACGACGGACCUCUGUAUGGCACCUUGAACAAUCCAGCUGACCAGAUGGAUGUGAUUGGAGUUGGAGGGAUCGAUUUUGAGGACAACAUAGCUAGGUUUUCCUCCAGAGGCAUGACAACUUGGGAGCUUCCGGGGGGUUACGGCAGAGUAAAGCCCGACAUCGUGACCUACGGUUCAGGGGUUCGAGGCUCAGGGUUGAAGGAGGGAUGCCGCUCGUUGUCUGGUACCAGCGUGGCCUCUCCUGUGGUCGCAGGUGCCGUCACCCUUUUGGCCAGCACCGUCCUCAACCGGGAGCUGGUGAACCCCGCCUCCAUGAAGCAGGCUCUGAUUGCCUCGGCCCGCAGGCUGCCCGGGGUCAACAUGUUUGAGCAGGGCCAUGGGAAACUGGACCUGAUCCGAGCGUAUCAGAUCCUGAACAGCUAUAGACCCCAGGCCAGUCUGUCUCCCAGCUACAUCGACUUGACAGAGUGUCCAUACAUGUGGCCUUACUGCUCUCAGCCAAUCUACUACGGAGGAAUGCCCACCAUCGUUAACGUAACCAUCCUCAAUGGCAUGGGAGUCACGGGCAGGAUCGUCGACAAGCCCAUCUGGCAGCCGUACCUGCCUCAGAACGGUGACAACAUCGACGUGGCCGUCUCAUACUCACCUGUGCUGUGGCCGUGGGCCGGCUACCUGGCCGUGUCCAUCUCUGUGGCCAAGAAAGCUGCAUCGUGGGAGGGCAUUGCUCAAGGUCAUGUGAUGGUCACAGUCGCCUCUCCUGCAGAGAAUGAUUCAGAAGUUGGAGGGGAGCUUACGUCUACAGUCAAGCUACCCAUAAAAGUAAAGAUCGUGCCCACUCCACCUCGCAGUAAGAGGGUACUGUGGGACCAGUACCACAAUCUGCGCUACCCACCCGGCUAUUUUCCCCGUGACAACCUCCGCAUGAAGAACGACCCACUGGACUGGAAUGGGGAUCACGUCCACACCAACUUCAGGGACAUGUACCAGCAUCUGAGGAGCAUGGGCUACUUUGUGGAAGUKCUGGGAGCACCUCUGACAUGCUUCGACGCCAGCCAGUAUGGCACACUGUUAAUGGUGGACAGUGAGGAAGAGUAUUUUCCUGAAGAGAUCACCAAGCUGAGGAGAGACAUUGACAACGGCCUGUCGCUCAUCAUCUUCAGCGACUGGUACAACACCUCGGUGAUGAGGAAGGUCAAGUUCUACGAUGAAAACACCAGACAGUGGUGGAUGCCGGACACAGGGGGCGCUAAUGUGCCAGCUUUGAACGACCUGAUCUCGGUGUGGGGGAUGGCUUUCAGCGACGGGCUGUAUGAGGGGGACUUCACCCUGGCUGAUCAUGACAUGUACUAUGCCUCAGGCUGCAGCAUUGCCCGUUUCCCAGAAGAUGGAAUUGUAAUUGCCAAGAACCUGAAAGAUCAAGGUCUGGAAGUAUUGAAGCAGGAGACCGCUGUGGUGGAGGGAGUUCCCAUCCUGGGCCUGUACCAAACCCCUUCAGAGGGGGGAGGUCGCAUCGUUCUGUAUGGAGACUCAAACUGUAUCGACGACAGUCACAGACAAAAAGACUGUUUCUGGUUGCUGGAUGCUCUGCUGCAGUAUACUUCUUACAGUAUGACUCCUCCCAGCCUCAGCCACUCCCACAGCAGAGUGGCGCCUCCUGUAGGYGCAGAGCGGCCACUGCCACAGAGACUGGAAGGGAACCACCUGUACCGUUACUCCAAGGUUCUGGAGGCUCACCUGGGCGACCCUAAGCCACGCCCCCUACCAGCGUGUCCCCACCUAUCCUGGGCGAAGCCACAGCCACUCAAUGAGACGGCCCCCAGUAACCUAUGGAAGCACCAGAAGCUUCUCUCCGUGGAUCUGGACAAAGUGGCUUUGCCUAACAUGAAGUCAUACCGUCCCCAGGUCCGACCCCUGUCCCCUGGGGAGAGCGGGGCCUGGGACAUCCCAGGAGGGAUAAUGCCGGGUCGCUACAACCAAGAAGUUGGUCAGACCAUCCCCGUGUUCGCCUUCCUGGGAGCGAUGGUUGUUCUGUCAUUUUUUGUGGUUCAGCUCACUAAAGCCAAAAGCAAACCGAAGCGCAGGAAACCCCGGAUCAAACGGCCCACAUACCUCCAGCAGCAGACRGCGACAGCUGGGAAAAACCCCACUGUGUGACUGCAUAUUUGUACUGUUUCCAAACAGCUGGGCCCAACUCCAGAACUGAGACGUUGAAGAUAAGUCAGUGGAGUUGAACUGCUUGGGCAGAUUGUUGGACUGCUUUUUAAAGCUCGCUGGACAUUAAUUGACGUCCAACAUCUCCGGGAAACUUUUUUUUUUUGUGCCUCUUGUCCGUUUAAAGCUGUCGUUGGUGUUUUGUGUAUUUGUGGACCAAUGAACAGUGUUAGACAAAACCCAAGUCUGGGCCCCAAAAGUCCAGCUACAGUCCAAGUACACAUUGUGUCAAUAUUUCCUUUCCUCUUCUUUGACCAAAUGGGUUCUUUAUAAGUAAAAUAUCUUACUUUUAUAUUUAUUGAAUUUGUUCUUACCCUAAAACAUGUUACACUUGUCAGUAACUCUUUAAAUAGUUGGCACUCAAACAGGAUAAAAGUACUUGACCCUGGUUUUCUAUGUCCUGCCCCUAUCUGUUGAACAUCACUGUUGUUUUUAUAUUUUAUACAGUCAAUACAUCUGGUCAGGCUUUCUGUUGAAAUCCUCCCUUUGGGACUCCAGUUUCUUCAACAGACUUGGUCAGAUAUCGCAUCAAUAAAAAAAAGCAUCAUCAAAGGCA